CUCCAUUACUCUCGGUCGCCCUCUGUCAUAUAAACAUGUCUGCCUUUGUUCCCGUCAACCCAAAGCCAUUUCUCAACGACCUCACAGGAAAGGCGGUCAUGGUUAAGCUGAAGUGGGGACAAGAGUACAAGGGAUUCUUGGUCUCAGUGGAUUCGUAUAUGAACUUACAGCUUGCAAGUACAGAGGAGUUCGUGGAUGGGACAUCUACAGGAACGCUCGGAGAGGUGUUGAUUCGCUGCAACAACGUGCUCUAUGUACGAGGCAUUGAAGACGAAUGAGAGGACUGAGGGGCACUUCUUUGAAGAAAGGUCAAGGAGAGCAGUGCAACGAUGAGUAUGCGUAUCGAUACUAAAUAAAAACACUGCAGCAAGUUACCCAACGAUAUGUUUAUUCACGAG